CAGCUCAACUCACUCUGACUGAAUCCUCCCAUGCUCACCUCAGCACACGCUAAAUCCACCUAGCUCUGCAGAGCAUCCUAUCAGCUGUGGCACAACAUCUAUAUAACAACCCUCCCAUCCUCCUUCCUCAAAGCCUCAUCCCAUCAUCAACACCUCCCCCUCCCAUCCUCUCAUCUCCCCCCUUACAACCAACCCUCCUCUCCCUCCCACCUCUUCCAAAUAUGCCCAUCCCAUUCUUCUCCCCACCCACACCAACCAUCGUCGCCCACUCAAACGUCUUCCACUCCCCCCUCUUCGCCAACGUCUACCCACUCGCCCAGCCCGCCCGCUACACCGCCACUCUACGCGCCCUAGACUACCUCAUCGCCCACCAGCUCGCCCACGGCACCUCGCUAGGCGUGUACGAUACCGAGUAUCAGUACCGAACCGAUGAGGCGCGACGGGUAGAGGGUUUGUUCUACGAUGAUGCUGGUGCUGAGGCCACUGUUGAAGGCAAAGGUGAAAGCGGUGCCGGCGAGGGUGCAGCAGAGCACAAAGACGCCAGCACAACCGCCCUGCACACAAUGGACUUUCCCCUCGUCAGCGUCGCCAUGGCCUACGACGCUUCUCGGCCGCUGGACCCUGCGAAACUAGCCCCGCUCAUGGAAGCACUGCCUUGUUUCGCGCCUAUCGUGCAUGAGCUGGACGCGCGCACGCCCGCUGCGUUGGCGCCGUGGACGUUUGUCCCUUCGGAGCCGGAGGCGGAAGGAGAGAAGAAAGAAGACGAGCGAGAGAAUGAGGGUGCGGAAACAUUGGUAACGUCGGGCCGGGUGCUGAUGCGACAGGCGACGUCGACACGGCGCGAUUAUGAGGGCUUGGGACUGAUGAAGGGGCUUGCGCGGUAUAUGAUGCUGGAGGCGGCGCGGUGUGGGUAUGAGGAGAUUCGGAUUGAUGCGUUUAAUGGGGCGGUGAGGCGGGUGUGGAUGGAUGCGCCGGCGCCGGCGAGGAGUGUGUUGGUUGCUGGGUUUAAUACGCGCGAUGUGGAGUGUGAGGGGGACGGGGAGGGAGGGGUGUUUAAUGGGGUUGUGUAUGAUAUCUGUCGGAUGCAGGUGGUUUUGUGAGGGAGAGAGGGAGAGGGAAAAGGGGGGAUUAAGGGGUUUUUUGCACAGGAUG